UUUCUUUUUCUCCCCCUCUCUCUUUCUCUCUUUCCCUCUCUCUCCCCUCUCUCUGUCUCUGUCUUAUAUACGCACACGUAUGCACACUCUCACUUGAUCUUUCUUUUUCCCCGUCUAUCGGCGCGCGUUCGCUUUUGCCAUUCGUUCAUUCGUUUCGCGCCUCGUCGGCGAAGUCGCGUCACGAAGCUGGACGGAGGUCACGUCGACCGAAACGCACGUACACGCUACAUCCUGGAGAAUCGGCUCAUCCAGUGAACAUAUCAGCGAACUAGAUCCCUGAGUGCCGGUCGCGAUCGGUCGAGAAGAGGACAGAGAUGAUCGCGAGUGUCCGGUGACAAUUCUUAUACAUAUACAAAACAUCGUCAACAUCGAUAGUAUUUGCAGAGAGAAUAUAUUCUCGAUAUUCUUGAGAAAGUGCCGAUAUAUGCCGGGUAUAUACUGAUAUUGAGAAGAGUUUCGUUAAUCUGAAGCAGCUGUUCACGUACCACGAUAGAAGUGAAACGAGAAAAGGCGAGCAGGACGAGGAAGAGAACUGUGUGCAGUGCAGACAUGUGGCUAAGAAGCGUGCUCCUAAUAUGCGGCGUCAUUGCGGGCAUGCUAGCAGACAGUCCAUCGGAUGUCGUGCAGAUAUCCGGUGACAGUUUGACUCGAAAGAAUGUCGCGGCAACGACAUAUCAGCCACCACGAGCCCUCGCAAUUGAAGAGUUUGUGACAUCCCAUAAAUUGCCAGAAAACGUAGCAAAACCAUUAGACGACGAUGACGAAUACAUUGACGAAAAGAAAAUCGCGCUGAAAGACAAUAAACAAACUAAGAAAGUCACUCAGAAAUUCGAGAAUAACGAGAAAAAAGUGGUUACCCUCGAGCCUGCCAGACGUUUGGAUUUGACCCAGGAGGAGGAUUUGGAGAGUCUCACCGCUAAAAGACAAGCACGAGUCGAGCUCGAAAAUUUUAGCGACACUGGAAAGGUUCUGCAGGAAGGCAGAAUAAAGAAAAUUGAUUCUAAAAGGCCGCGGCCGAUCGAACAGGAUGAGGUUAUUCCGGGAGUCUACGUCAGCGCGGAAUAUCCAACAACUAUGCUGCCCAUCCUAACAACUCCACGUGAAGCACGUAGCAAAGACAGCCUUUUUGAUUUCGUUCCCGUAAACAUUAUUCGCGAGGAUAGCAAAGAUGGCUAUGCGCGUUUUUCGGACGCGAAUUUUGGAGACCUGGGUGACGUGAGUUUGGUACCGGCUGGUACGAAUUCUCGUAUUCAGGUGAAGAAAGGACCGAACGGGAAGGAUUACGAAUACGAGUACGUGUAUUAUUACUACGACGAGGAGGAUGAAAACAAAGCAGGUACGGCGGGUUCGGCUGUGACGAAUUCUUACGACAUUCCUUCCAGAACAACGUCGGCGCCCAGGAGAGCGAACACCCCCAAUAACAGGAGCAAGUAUAGUACCGUGGAGAGGUCGAGCACUGUGGAACCUAGCAAUAACGAGGUUAUACCAAAUAGAAAUGGAAAUAGAGGCAGACAGCUGGUCGAAACUGAAGACGUUUCCGAGGAAAGACUGCCCACGAACACUCGUUUCCCACCGAGAUCACGAUCAAAUCACAACACAGGCACAACGGAACCUUCACGAGGUCGUAGUAAUCGACCGCGACCGAAUCUAGAUCUGGUUGAUUCCAGUAGCUUCCGGACUCAUCAAGAAGGUCCCGAGUUUCCGCAAACCUUGCCGAAAGGACCUGUUAGAUUCUUAGGUGUUACCCCUAAUGAGGACAAUGAACCUUUGUUCAGAAAUCGCGCAAGACCACAGAGAGUUCAAGAACCCGCUCCUGUCGAAGAAAAUGUUGAUGAUUCACCGACACCUAGAAGACGCCUGAGCACAGCAUCGACUGAGACCGGAGUGGAACUGAGCAGAGGUCAACCGGUGCGUUUCAGCGAAGAGGACGAUGAAGAGGAAGAUGCCGCACCGGAAAGAUCCGGCAACAAACGCGUAUCAUUGGAGGACAGGGCGCAAGAGUCCAGUGAGACGGAAACCUCGCCGAUCUAUCCCAGCGUCAGCCCUGACCCCACGGAUAACCCAACGACGGAAUAUCCGUCGGUCAUGGACAAGGUUGCCCUAGAUCUUUAUGCCUUCCUGCAACAAGGACAAAGCAAUCUGAUAGACGCAUCCAGCAGCGAAGCUGGUGAAACAGCUGGAGACAGCACGACUUUAUCCGACGACGAGAAUACGACCGACUUAACGACAACGGCGGAAUUGGCGGAUUCUACGAUCGUUAAUGAGUCCACUAGUACGACGACAACGACGACGACGACUGAACCGACGACCACAACGACAACGACCACAGAACCAACGACUACCACCACUCAAGCCCCCGCAGGAAGAGGGAAAUUCCGACGACCUGGAAUUGGCGGCCCAGCUAUCUCGAGAAAUCGAUUCAAGUCUAACAGCGGCACUAGCAGCACGACCGAAGCAUCCGCAGAGCCGACUCAAAGAACUCGAGCGCGUUUCGGCAGUAAUGGUUCGAACGGUGGAUUCAAACGACCGCGACCGGGUGGUAACAAGCCGAUCGAAGAGGACACUGUGCAAAAAGAGACCGUCGGCUCGACGAACGCGGAAAAACCGCCAGCCGGUCGCGGCAGAUUCCGCACACCUGCCGGCGGCAGAAUCGCCGUUUCCACGACAACGUCGGCGCCGUCGAACGGCGCAACGUCGCCUGCAGCGGCACGGCCUACCUUCAACAAGGUAAACAUCAACCGGAGACGGGGACGACCGACUACAGCCGCGCCGGGAAGCGAGGAACCUCAGGAGGGUGUAACGAAUCCCGAAGCCGGCUCGACCGUCGCCCAGACCGCGCCGGACAGCGCAACCCCGAAGUCCGCCGUUCGCACGAGACCUCCUGGCGCGCCUGCCAUCAGACCGGCCAUAAGACCCGGUGGCAGAGUCAACCUGAGACAGAAACCAGGACAGACGACGACCACGACGACGCUCGCACCGGAAGUCCCUGAGGGAUCCGUCGAGGAACCGGCCGGAGAAGGAACCGAGGAGGAGACUCAUGAGGCGCCAGCAGAAACUAGCCCACCGACAAAAGCUACCACAUCGAAUCCUCUGAACAAAUUGCGUAACCGUAAUCGGCUGCAGGUGCAACCGAAGACCACGACAAAGUCACCAUCAAUAUCGCCGGCGAUCAGGAGAUCGCCGCUGCUACCGCGACGCAAGGUAACCGAGACUCCAGCUGCCCAAUCGAGCCAGGAGGAGACCGUUUCCGAAGAGGAAACCACCGCCAGCGAGACCGAGCCGACCGAGGCGGUCUUCGCCGAGACCAGCACGGCGGCCAGCACUAAGCACGAGGAGACGCGCGGUCUGAGCGGCCUCCUGGCACCCCGACGCAGGAUACCGGCGCGUCGUCCAGGUCAGAUAGCCGCCCGCGAAUAAAGGAUGACACCGACGUUCCGAACUCCGCGAACCAAGGAUCCGAAUGACGAUUCCUGUGACUAAUCGAGAUACGAAGACGGAAGAGUAUAAAUUAGGCAUCCUGUCGUUCGCUCAAUUCACUAAAUGAUACACCGGAUGCCAAUUUCGGAGCAAGAUCUUCCAAUAUUCCCUCUCGCUUAACGGUUUUCCCCUCAUAUUUUUCUCUGAUCGAUAAAAUGGCAUCUCGCGUGUUACGACGAAAACGGCAGGUGUACAUAGUGUCUUUUACGAGAACAGCUUCUCUUAAAAGAUUAAGUUUGUAAUACAGUUUUAAUUGCCCCCUGAACGUGCGUUCAUCAUACGACAUAGUAAAUAUGUGAAACAUCUGAAUUAGUGCUUUCCAAUCAACAUUAAAUGAGAUAAUACUACUUCAUGUAAUUAAUUUGGUAUUUAUGAACGUCCUGUCAAUUUUGAACUACAUUAAAUUGUUUUAUCGACAGAUUCAUUGUUAGUAAAAAUAAGAAUAAUGAAAAACAUUAUCAUGAACUAUAAUUUUGUAAGAUUGUGACGGACGUUCCUUUUUACUGUUUACCGGAAUCACGUAUAAAGUUUAGGUGAAGUAGACGAUGAAUUAUGCGUCGAUGUUCAACGACUAUCUUAAUAAUAUGAUCAACGAUCCUAUCGUAAGCUAUCGGUCGACGCAUUUACUAUGUUAAACCGAUUUAUAAACACGAUAUAUAUCAUCUUCGCGCGGAUGACAAUAAUAAUUAUAACCCAACGCAAUAACGAGAUAAAUAAGUAUUUUCAAGUCUAUAUAUGCUGCGAUAAUUGUAACUAUCGUAUAUUUAAUUCGGUGAGUUUUAUUUAAUGAUUAGCGCUUGCGAAGUUAUCGAAGUACUAUCUCUAACGUGAUACAUGCAUAGAUAUACAUAUACAUAUGUAAUAACAUCCUCUCCCGAGGAUGUAUUUCUAGAAUUAUUACUGCGUGUGCAAUGCGUAAGGGUACUUUUGUAAUUACAAUG